AUGCCCAUGGCUCCAGAAGCUACAUGGCCUAAUGUUAAGGUCGUGCUCAAGGGGAAGACAACUCAAAGGGCUUCGGCUUCAGCUCGUGCGCUGCGCCCCUUACCCGAAAUACUGUUCUCCGGCUACCGGUUGUAUGUGUUAGGUACCGUGCUGGCUCAGGAAGCAGAGGGGUCAGGGCUUGGCUUCAGCUCUUGUGCUGUGCCCUUAGCCAAGACAAGUGGACUGCUUAGGAGUGGAGUGGAGAAGACGGAGGAUAAUGGGGAGGGUGGAAAGGAGCUGGGGGAAUACUUGAUAGGAGCAGAGAAGGUGGAGGAUAAUGCGGAGGGCAGAAAGGAGCAGGGGGAAUACUUGAUGGGGGUGGGGAAGUAA